UAGAUGCACCCGUCGCUAGCUAAACAAACAUGGCUGUGCUACACUUUCGAACAACGCAUCUUAAUGAUACUUAGGCAGACGACAAUGCGACGGUAAACGAGACAGAUGCCAAAUGUGACGCUAUAGAUGGAGACUCGUUGCGUUGUGUAGCUGCUUAGCUUAGCCUAGCGUUUUGCGACCGUGUAUACGCGCAGUGAGGCCAGUAGCUCCCCCGGUUGGCUAAUGCAAGAUAGCCAAAAUGGACCUUGGAACAAUGUUGUACAACAAUUUAAAAGAAGUUACGUGGAGCACGACGUCCCUGCCAUUAGAUCAACUCGUCAGCGCAUACAGGCUGCCACAAAUUGCCAAGCUGGACAACGGUCAGUUGGUGGAAGGGCUCAGAGACAAUGACUACCUCUUGAUUCAUUCCUGCCGACAGUGGACGACGAUCACCGCUCACAGUCUCGAGGAGGGCCACUAUGUCAUUGGGCCCAAAAUAGAGAUCCCAGUACACUAUGAAGGCCAGUUUAAGCUACUGGAGCAGGACAGAGAUGUCAAGGAGCCUGUACAGUACUUCAACAGUGUGGAGGAGGUGGCCAAAGCAUUCCCUGAGAGAGUGUAUGUCAUGGAGGAAAUCACUUUCAAUGUUAAGAUGGCUUCGGGGGAAUGUAAUGAAGACACAGAAGUUUACAACAUCACACUGAGCACUGGCGAUGAACUAACAUUAAUGGGCCAAGCUGAGAUCCUCUACGCCAAGACCUCCAAAGAAAAAUCAAGAUUCAACACCAUUUUCAAGAAGAUCGGGAAGCUUAACUCCAUUAGUAAGAUUGGUCGAAGUAAGAUGCCGUGUUUGAUCUGCAUGAACCAUCGCACCAAUGAGAGCAUCAGCCUGCCUUUCCAGUGUAAAGGCAGAUUCAGCACUUGUAGUCCUCUGGAGCUUCAGAUGCAGGACGGUGAGCACAUCAUCAGGAACAUUGUAGAGAAAACUCGUCUCCCAGUCAAUGUCACGGUACCCAGCAGUCCACCUCGCAACCAGCAUGACCUCCACCUCAUCCGUGAGGGCCAUCGCUAUAAACUGGUCAACAUUCAGACAAAGACUGUGGUUGUGUGCUGCAUUCUGCGAAGCAACAAAAUUAUCCCCAUCCAUUUUCCCUUUCAUAUGGCCAUGCCCAGAUUUAUUAUUCCGGAAGAACUGCUGCAGGGAGAGUUGUGGCUAGAUACUAUGGUGCAUCGCUGGUUCUCCUUCUGCCAGGAGCAGUUUGACAUAGACGACUAUUCCCGUGCCGUGCGGAAUGUGCGGACAGACUGGAACGACGAUGGUAAGAGUCCUAAGAAAAGCAGUGGGAAUGGUAGUUGCAGUGGAAGUAGUGGAGGCAGCAGUAACUCCAAUGGGUGUCCUGGUCACAUGCAGAUUCCCAGCUCUUUAACGUAUGCCCGGGAUGAGCUCACCCAGUCCUUCCACAGACUCUCUGUGUGCGUAUAUGGCAGCAACCUGCAUGGAAACAGCGAGGUCAACUUACAGGGCUGUAUGACACUAUGUGGGGAUUGGGCUCUUCUGCCCUCUGAUAGUGUUCCUUCAGACUCUGGAGAAAAUGAACAUUUUUUCCCUGAGCUGCUGGACAGCACAAGCCAACAACCGCCCUUCAACAAGUCAGAUGUUCCAUAUGAGGAGCUGUGGCUGGAUCACCUGAGAGGUCAGAUCCCAAAACCCUCUUUAAGUGAGGGAAUCCGAGGCAUCAACAAUGGCUGCAGCACAACAGCAGCCCUGUCAUACCCAGUCACUUGUCCUCUUGGAGCAAUAACCAGUUUGGAUGUUGCUCUUACUCCACCACCGGUCCCACCCAAAUCUGAAGCUGUGAAGGAAGAAUGUCGUCUUUUGAAUGCCCCACCAAUCCCUCCACGAAGUUUGAAACAGAUGCCAUCGGUGCCCAUCCUGUCAAAGCCUCGGCAGCAAGAGACUCGAUCUCCGAGUCCAACGCUCUCCUAUUAUUCCUCUGGCCUCCAUAACAUAAGUGGAGCAUGUGAAGAAGAAGCAGCUGACCCACAAGAGCAAAGCCACGUGUGCUACCCCUGUAACUGGGGUAAAUCAAACAGCACUGAGCCAAAUGAUAUGUUGCCCACUGGUAGCCUGUCACUAGAUGGGAUGUCCUCCAGGUUGUCUUGGCCAAACAAUUUCAGUGGAGGAGAAUCACACUGCAUGGAGGAAUUCCUACCAGCUAGCUGUCGGAGUUACUACAGUUACCCCAGGAAGAGAUCCCCAAGCACCCCAAAAACCUGUACCUCAAGCCUUGUCGACUUUGAUGGCAGAGAUCACACACAAAGCAGUAAGGACUUCAGGUUGCAGAACACUUCUCUGAAUCAGGUCUGCACAAAAUCUUCGAGUUACAAUUCAGAGGUGUACAGAGACAAGCCAAUAGAAGAAUCUAACACCAAGCAGAGCCUCUCUUGUCCCAUCUUACCCCCGAGAACGCCAAAAUCAAAUGCCAUAAAGAACUGCACAGACUUACUGCCAGUGUCAGCCUGUGACGCAAAGCAGGAAACUUCAGAUUGUUCACUUACUCAACAGGAGCAGAGUACCAAAGAGAUAUAUUCCAUCUGUGACUCAUUGACUCCCAACUGUUCGUCCAUGUCUGCCAGUGCACAGUGGCAGCCUCCGUCCAGUCUGGCUGGCCUCUCCAUUGAAGAGGUGUCCAAAUCUUUGAGAUUCAUUGGCCUGCCAGAUGACAUUGUUUCUCUUUUUGUGUCUGAGAAGAUAGAUGGGAAUUUACUCCUGCAGCUCACUGAGGAGAUUUUGUCUGAGGACUUCAAGCUAAGCAAACUACAGGUGAAGAAACUCAUGCAGUUCAUCAAUGGAUGGAGACCCAAGAUAUAACUAUAGUAUGUGACACUAAUGCCUGCUGUAAAGACAUGCCUUCAGUAUAUAUGCUAUACACACCAAGCCACAAAGAUUUUUUUUUGUAUAAUAUGAAUUUAUUUACUUGUUACUAUAUUGUGGGGGAGAUUGUUGGGUUCCUCUCAACCCACAAAAAAAUAUGUGACUGCUAUUUAAUAACUGUAUGAAGUCAUGUGGCACUUUCAUGAAGACAUUUUCAUGUUUUUCACACACAGCCUACUAGUGUUUAAGUCAAUAUGCAAACUCUAAAUUUAAAUCCAAACACAGAUGAGGAGAGGACAGGAAAACAUAAUUCAGAAUCUGCCUGAUGACACUGAAUGUCUACCAAUUUAAUGAUUUUUAAAAGAGCACAAAUCAGAGAAUGGGCUGUAGUAUGUGUAUUUAACAAACUGAAAACUGUUAAACUGUUUAUAGAUACGUAGUUGCUAAUUUGACUGGAUUUGAUAACAUCCACAACAUUAUCAUUUAAAAAAAUUUAAUUAUUAUAAGCUUACAUCUUGAGCAUGUAACUAUACAGUUACAAUUAGUGAUUUUUGAUGUAUGCACUGUUUUUAGUUGUAUGUAUGGAAUAUAGUCUCACAGUUUUCACAACGUGAUCAAAAGUUACUGAAAGUGCAUUUUUGCAUCAUAAAUCUAAACAGUUGAUUUAGCCUAUAUGCUGCUAAAAUGUAUUUAAAAUUAGAGCUUGACUGAUAUGAAUUAUUUUGGGGGGUUGAUGCAGAUAGUGAUAUUAGGGAGUAAAAGAUUCGUCCAAAGAAAUGUGACCUAUGAAAAAUAUUGAAUUGAUAUUUUACAGUUUAACCACAUAACAUUAGCAUAAGUUAAAACUAACAUUAGUUAAAAUAACUACAAAUAGAAAAUAUUUAGAAAAUAAACAUGUUUACACUGUACUUAAAAAAUGUAUGUGUGUAUUAUACUAUUAUUCUGUAAAAAAGGUUAUGUCAGCAAACAAAUGCAGACACUGAUAUCGAUGAAUGCCUUAAAUUUGUCGGGCUCUAAACAUUUACUUGUGCUCUUUUAAAAAUCAACUCGUCUAAGCUGAUCUUACACAGAGUUGCGUCUGCAUAAGUAAACUCUUGUUUUACUUAUCUACAUGGCAAGAAAUAGAAAGUGCUGUAACUCAAGGGUUUCUGAUUGAUGCACAGUUCCUUUGGCAGUUAAUUGGGAAAAGUGGGAUCGGAGGGCGACCGUAGUAAAUAAGAGUUUAAUUUCUUAUCUUAAUAGAUGUGUGUUGAUUUCUGAAGAUAAAACAACAAAGUCAAUCAGUUUUAAUGUAAGUGGAGCAGGAGCUGUCUGUACAUCUCCUAUCACUUUACAGUGUUGGUUAUCUGUGGUUUUCUCAUCUCAUUUCAGAAGAUUUGUUGCAUGCAUUUAAACCAACUGGGUUUUGUUUUGUCUAUUCUUGGUCUAACAUUCUCCACUACAGAACAUGUUAAGAGUGAGCCAAAUCAAAUGAUUGUCUCUGAAGAGAAGUUGUUUUUCAACUAUUCUCAUGCAAGGUCUUAUUUGUAUUUGAUGCCUUUUUAUAUGAAAUCUAAUUCAUCUACAUAACUACUUAUUUUUACCUAGAAAAAAAAUCUCCAACUUGAGGUUAUUAAUAACUUAAAAUUAAUUGUGUCCUUACUCUAAAAACUAACAUGCAUCAUGCACUUUGGUUCAUUAAUUACUUGCAGUUAGGUCAUAAAAUAUAAACCUAUAAAAGAAGAGUGUCUAUGUGUCGAGGGAGAGUGAAUGCACUACAUACUUUUUCAUAACUAAAAUGGUACGUCUCCAGUGUCCUCAUUGUAUGUAUUACAAGUGUCCUAAUGGAAGAAACAAGUAAAAGCUUUUCUGCGCCUUAACCCAGAGACCUUUAAAUAUAUAUGUGAUAUUUCACUUUAGCUUAAAGGUUUUCAUUUGACCAGUCUCUCGUCAUGAGACUAUGCUCUAACAUCUCAUUUUGAACUGAGGGAAUGUUGUCAAGUGUGUAUCACAACCCUCAGAGACAUGUGAGCUAUUAAAUUUGAUGUGCGAUAAUGAGAAAUAAUGGUUUUUAUAUUUGGUACUUUUUUUUUCUCCUUAUAGCCUUGGUUUAGAGUUGAUUUAUUUAUGCAGUUAUUUAACAUAAUAGUAAAUAUGCACAACAGUUAUUCUUCAAACAUUUGUGUUAGUGAUAUAUGAAGGUGCCUCAGCAACAGCUGCCCCCCCCCCUUACUAUCUGAAGUGGGGUGUUACAUAUUUUACUUGAUAUUUUCUUUUUGUAUGUAAAUGCAAAGUUAUUGUAAAUUUUGUGAUUACUAAUGUUAAUUAUUUUUAUUAUGAAAAAAGCUUAUGUUCAAAUUGUGUCAGAAUUUUAUCCUGAAAAAAAAAAAACUUGGGUUCUACUUGGGUUUAUAAAUCCUUUGCAUUAAAAUAACGGUUAUGAAGAAAAAAAACCUGCCAGCCUCAAUCACAUUACAUGGACAGUGACCAAAAAAAGAUGUUAAUAAGCCAUGUGUCCAGGUUAUUUUUCCGCUUUCUUUGCAACUUAGCCACAGUAUCCAUAUUUUUUCACAGGGAAUGUCUCUUGACACUAUUAUUUUAUGGCCGUUAAUGUUCUAUGCAAGAGCUGUGGUGCUCGAAAGGGACCAUGCGGUGGACAUUGAACAAUGAAGAAACGUGUUAGUGACAGAAAAAGGCAGUGGAGUAUUUACUUGUGUUGUAAUAACCACAGUCUUAAAUUUCAGGAGAAAAACAUGCUGGACAAAGGAAUUUUUUCAUGUCAGUAAUUUUACUUGAAUAAUUCUGAGAUGCAAACUGGGAGCACACUAAGACAAAAAGCCUGGGUCGCAUUGACACACACUGACACACACGCACCACCACCAUCCGCAGGCAGUCAAUGCUAAAAGGUAUUCCAAGUUGGUAAUGUCUGACAGCUGUGGACUAAGGAUUUGAUGAAUUAUUGCCAUUUUAGUGCAAAAAGGAGGGAGGAGGAGAGUAUUGGUCAGAAAUUUUGAGUUAUGAACAGUUUUAUCUUUCAACUUAACUCUUGUUUCCCUAUAAUUGAUUGUAUAUUCUAUUAAA